CACUAGGGGGCUUUCUAUGCGGAAGUCAACGAGCAGCGAGCUUCUUCCUGUAAGUGCUGGGACUAUUCUGUAUAAACGGAAAUCUUCUGCUUGAUUGAUCAAACCAGCCAUGUCGAAGAACACAGUAUCCGAUCGAUUCAGGAAGGUUGAUGUGGAUGAGUACGACGAAAACAAGUUUGUCGACGAGGAGGACGGUGGAGAAAAUCAGCUGGGUCCGGAUGAGGCUGAGGUGGAUUCUCUCAUCAGAUCAGGGAACCUGAUGGGCGCUCUGCAGGCAGUGCUGAAGAAUCCACCCAUCAACACCAAGAACCAGAAUGUGAAGGAACGGGCUGAAGGCCUCGUGUUGAAGGUGCUAAGCUCUUUCAAGACUAGUGAUAUAGAAAAGGCUGUUCAGUCUCUGGAUAAGACUGGAGUUGAUCUCCUGAUGAAAUACAUUUACAGAGGCUUUGAAAAACCCUCAGACAACAGCAGUGCCAUCCUCCUGCAGUGGCAUGAAAAGGCUCUCUCAGCUGGCGGCGUGGGCUCCAUCGUCAGAGUGCUCACGGCCAGGAAGACUGUGUGAACUUCAGCACUGAGGCACUGAGGCAGGGUUGGUGGGGGGACUGGCUGGCACAACCCCUCGUGGUCUGGUUUCUGGUUUCCCACACUGCCAAACUGUGGAGGACGUCCAGUCAAUCCACUUUUUUUGUUGUUUUUUAAACGAUCAAACAUUACAGACCCAUUUGGAUUGCUUGCAUUGAAGAUGAGCACCUCGGAUUGAUGUUAACAGUGAUGAGAAAAUGCUAUUCUUGACCUCAGUAGAUAUUAAGCACAGACAUUUUAGCUAUUAUCAAAGGAAACAUCUCUUUACCUGUCCACUUCACGUACUUCACAUUCUCAUACCUGUCCUGAUGUAAAGUCUCAAAGAAACAGAACAAACAGUGCAUGUGGUCACAUGACCAAAUCUUUACAGUCAUGUUAUUACAGUGGAAUGUGAUGCUACUCUGGAAUUGUUUUUGUCUUUCUUUUUUUCUUUUCUUUUUUAACUUAAAGGGAUAGUCCACCUAAAAAUGAAAGUUAUGUCCACAUGCUGUAAAAAAAUAAAAUAAAAAUACCUGUAUGACUGGAAAAUAAAACAAAGAUAUUUUGAAGUCCGAACAACAUUCCAUGUUUCCUUUUGUGUUAAACAGAGGAAAUAAUGUCAAAUACAUUAGGAUGAGGUUGAAUAAAUGAUGACAGCAGAUUCAUUUUUGUGUGAACUAUCCCUUUAAGAAGAUGAACAAGGUUUUCUGUAGUUUAGUUUAGUCUUCUUCAUCUGCUUCUUCUUAAGACAUAAUCAGAGUUGGUCUAUUAAACAUGCCAACAUCAGUAUUUGCUUUUUCCUACUUGCAUGCAUUGCAUUAUAUAUAAGCUCAGAGUUGGUUGUUGAAUCUAGCCUUAUAUUUCCAGCACAGUUUCUUGUGAUCAGAGUGCUUCUUUUCCUCCACAGUCCCUUCAGUAAAUCAUGCUUCUCUUUGGAUUCAUAUCAUACCAGGAUCAUGUUUUAAGAAACAAAAAAGGGAAUAACUUUUCUUAAGUUGCCAAAAGCGUUUUUACUGUCAUAUUUGUUGAUUAAUACAAGUGUGUUUUUGUACUCUCCACAAAAACAAUGAGUUUAAUUUUUUUAUAACGCUGAGUAUUAUUAGAUUGUCCAACAAAAUCUUAUGUAUAUUUUGAUCACAGCAUUUUUGAACUGUAUUAGAUGUCUGUAGAACCUGAUUAACAUCAACAUGUACUUUGAAUUCAGACUUUAUGUCAGGUGCUGAUGAUACAGCUAACCUCUGAGACGCACGAGUGUUUGUGUGCUCUCACGACUCCCACCAAACACGCAGCUAGCACUCAGAUCAAGCUUCCACUGUGGUCUGCUUGUUUUCGCCAUACUUGAAGCCAUACAUCAACAACCCUAGGCAGUCUCCACUUGUUCAUUUACGAUUCCAAGUGAAUGUUGAGUUUGCAUCACACCAGUCAAUCAUAUGGUGAAGUGCAAAAGUUACGAAAUGGUUUACCAACUGCCUUAUGAAAUAUUCCUUUUAUAAUUGCACGGUCCUUUUGAAAAAUAAAUGAGAUGGAUACAAA